AUGUCGUCUACUGAAAAAUUAGGGUCUGAGAGUUCGGAUGAAAGGAAUGUUGAAGAUGGUCAUUGCUUGAGAAUAGAGUCGUCAAGGAGGGCUAAAGGGAGAAAGAUAAAGAAGUUUCCACCUCCAUUGUCGUCUUUCAACCGAAACAGUCAGCCAAGUUUCUUUCUCCGGUCUGUCAGGACAGACGGGAGACUAGUCUUAACAGCAGUUAGAAACGACCGCCCUGAGAUUUUAGUUGUUUCACGGCAAAAUGGACGGUUGAGACUGCAUCUAAUCAGAGAGGAAGAAAAAGAAACACAAAUAUUACCCCAGGUAGAAGAAGAAGAGGAGGAGGAGGAAGAAAGAAGAAGAGAAAAUUGCUGGGUGGCAGCUCAAGGGCGUGAGCGGAGAAGUGUUAAGGAGAUGUAA